UUAUUUUGAGAUACUAUAGUCUUGCUAAAUUGCUCAGGCCUUGCUCAAAUUUGUGAUCCUGCUGCCUCAGCCUCCCAUAGUACUGGGAAUACAUACAUGUGCGACCAUGGUAUACUUGCUAUAUUCCAAGUUUCUUCUGGUUUUUUGGAGACAGGGUCUCACUAUGUAGUUUAGGGUGGCCUUGAACUCACUGUGUAGUUUAGGGUGGCCUCAAACUCAAGAUCCUCCUGCCUCAGGGAUUAAACUCAGGACCUUGUGCUUGCAAGGCAGGCGAUGGCACCACUGAGCUAAAUCCCUGGCCCAAGGUAGGUACUUUUGUAGACAGGUAUCUGAUAUUUGGAAACCCAAUUAUUACACUCCUAUGUGCUGGGCACUGUGGUAGGCAUGGAGAAGCUGCUGAAUAUGAAAAGCAGCCCUUAGCUGUGCACCUACUGUGCACAGCUGUAGCAGUAGCUGUGCAGCUACUUAGGAGGCUUAGGCAGGAGGAUCCUUGGAGUUCAAGACCAGCCUGGACAAUAUAGUGAGACUGUCACAGCUGGGUGUGGCAUGUCUAUAAUUCCAGCACUCUGGGAAGCUGAGGCAGGACAUCACAAGUUCCACCCCAGGCUACGAAAUUUAGUGAGACCUUGUUUUUAAAAAAUUUUUUAAAGGCCCGAGCAAUGUAGCUCAGUGUGAAAUCCAUAGGUUCAAUCCCCAGUACCACCAAAAAAAAAGUACUGCUUUCCUAGGAUGUACAGUCAGAUGGGGAAGGGCUGACACAGUGAUUUGGUGGUUGUGACAGGGGUACUACCAGUGCAGAGGGAGUGAGAACACAAGUUCAGACCUAGUCAAGGAAGUCACAGAAGGCUCUUCAUGAAAGUGAAGUUUACUCUUACUUUGUUUUUGUUUUGUUUUGUUUUGGUUUGGUUUUUGGUACCAGGGAUGGAACUCAGGACCUUGCACUUUGGAGGCAGGCACUUCACCACUGAGCUAAAUUCCUUGCCGCAUGGAAGUCAUGUUUAAAUAAGUAAUAAGAUGAGCAGGCACUCACCAAUAAGGACAGGAAAGAAGGUGGAGGAAACAAGUGUGAAGGUUCAGGGGAGGAAAUACUUGGGAAACUGGAAAACAUUUAAUGGUAGGAGCCCACAGUGUGGGAAGAGCUGAGAAAGGAGGCUAGCAGGGUGAACCGAGGACAGAUUCUGAGGCUGUCGCAAGCCACAGGAAGGUAUUGGCACUUUAAUAGCAACAGGACUACACUAAAGGGUUUUUAAGUGGGAAAAUGGCCUGUGGCCUUUAGUAGAAUCACUUUGGCUGUUGUGUGGAGAACGAAUUGGUGGAGACCAAGACCAGCAAUUAGAAUAAUGAGAAGCAGCUGGAAGAACUAGGACCAGUGUGGUGACCUAGAUAUGAUGGCAGUACAGAUAGAGAAUGGGAGGAUGAUUUAAAUAUAUAUAUUAGAAUGGAUAGGAUAUGUAGUUGAUUUGGUAUUGAAAGAGAGAAAUCAAAAAUAACUUCUUACUUUCUGGCUUGUGAAAAUGGGUAGGAGGAGCCAGGCAUGGUGUUUCAAGCCUGUAAUCUCAGCCCUCGAGAUACUGAGGCAGGAGGAUCGAUGCAAGUUUGAGGCCAGCCUAGACUACAUAGUGAGUUCAAAGCCAGCCUGAACUACAUAGCAAGACUGUCUCAAAACACUGAAAGAAACAAAAAAUAGAAGAAGUGCCACUUACUGAGAUAGGAAAUACAGGAGCAGGUUUGAGGGGGGUUGUGAGGUACAGUUUAAUGUGUGUAUAAGACAUUGUACAGGCUGAAUAUAGAGGUGUGGAAUUAAUGAAAAAAUGUGAUGUGGGAUUAUAAAGUGCAGAAAUCAGAUAUGAGGAAUUAUAACUAGGUCAUAUACAAGCAAAUUGACUGGACUGACAUAUUUUAGUGCCUAAGACCAGCAGAGUUGUGGGACGCACAAAAACAUUUAGGUAAGACACCACUUGUCUUCACAGAAGAUAGUGUGCAGCUGUGGAGAUAAAUGUUCAUUUAGCGGCAAUACUGGGCACAGUGUGUAUGCUAGGAGGGACCUGUAGACCAAGUGUUGGGGGAAUGUGGAAAAGAAGAUGCUUUGACCAUGUGGCUUCACGGAGUGGGCUUUGAACUGAGCCUUGAAGGGAGAAGGAAAUAAAGGAGAAAGUUGUUUUGGACUUAGGGAAUGACAGAGGCGCAGAAACCUGAAAUUAUAUAAGUGUAUGUUCAGAGUGCAGUGGGUGGGUGGUAUGGCUGGGGCUUAACGUUCCUGGGGUGUGAUACUAGUUCUUAGGUGUACUCUGGAAGGGUAUUUUGAGGCCAAUGAGGUAGACUCUGAGUAGCAUGCUUAAGUAUGUGUUUAUUAGGCAAACAAAUACUGUGGCAGAGCUGAGAGGUGAGAAUUGUGUAAGUCCUUUGAUCACCAGUUACAUAUUUCAGCUUGGAUCUGUUGUCUCUAUUCAGGCACAGUUCUGGUCAUCUUCAUGUAUUUCAGUAAAUAAAGUACUUUUAUCUAUAUUUUCUUUUUUGAGACAGGGUCUUGCUGCAUAGUCUAGGCUGGGGUUGAACUCAACAAUGUGCUGCAGUCUUCUUGCCUCAGGCUCCUGAGUGCUGGAAUUAGAGGCAUAUGCCACCACUCCAGGUUUAAAUGACUCUUCAACUGUGAAGACUAACAACUGCAGAAUAUUUUGGGACUUUCUUAGGUUUUUUUUGGUACGGGGGAUCGAACUCGGGUCCUUGUGCUUGCGCAGCAGCCCGCGAAACCACUGAGCUGAAUCCCCAGACCCAACUUUCUUGGUUUUUAUUAAGAUUGGGACAAGGGAGGUAACUUGUGGUACAAAACUUGCCUAGAGUGCAGGAGGCCGUGUGUUUAAUCCCCAGUACCUUAAAAACAAGAUUGAACAGGCCAGGGAUUUAGCUCAGUGGUUUCGCCGCCUGCUGCGCAAGUGCAAGGACCCGAGUUCGAUCUCCAGUACCAAAAAAAGGAUUGAACAAUGGCUUUGAGUUAUGUACUUUAAAAUCAAGGAGCAUGUGGUGGUGGAUAUUGGAUUCCUCAAUGACCCUGCAAGGGAAGUGUCAGCAGCCCCAGCUACCUGACUUCAUGUGAAAGAUGGCUAAUGCAGAAGUGAGUGUCCCAGUGGGAGAUGUCGUUGUGGUACCCACUGAAGGAAAUGAAGGGGAGAACCCUGAAGACACUAAAACCCAAGUGAUCUUGCAGUUACAACCUGUACAGCAGGGUUUGUUUAUCGAUGGACACUUUUACAACAGGAUUUAUGAACCUGGGUCGGAGAACAAUACGGCAGUUGUAGCAGUAGAAACUCACACAAUACACAAAAUUGAAGAAGGAAUUGAUGCAAGUACUAUAGAAGCAAAUGAGGACAUGGAAAUUGCUUACCCCAUAACUUGUGGGGAGAGCAAAGCCAUCCUCCUCUGGAAGAAGUUUGUGUGUCCAGGAAUAAAUGUGAAGUGUGUCAAGUUCAAUGAUCAGCUGAUUAGCCCCAAGCACUUUGUUCAUCUGGCUGGCAAGUCCACUCUGAAGGACUGGAAGAGAGCCAUUCGUUUGGGUGGAAUCAUGCUCAGGAAAAUGAUGGACUCCGGACAGAUUGAUUUUUACCAGCAUGACAAAGUGUGCUCCAAUACCUGCAGAAGCACCAAAUUUGAUCUUCUGAUUAGCAGCGCACGAGCUCCAGUGCCAGGACAGCAGACAAGUGUGGUGCAGACACCCACUUCGGCCGAUGGUGGCAUCACACAGAUUGCCAUUUCAGAAGAGAGCAUGGAAGAGGCAGGGCUGGAGUGGAACUCUGCGCUUACUGCUGCUGUCACCAUGGCCACAGAGGAGGGUGUGAAGAAAGACUCCGAGGAAAUUUCAGAGGACACUUUGAUGUUCUGGAAAGGAAUUGCUGAUGUAGGGCUGAUGGAAGAGGUUGUCUGCAAUAUCCAGAAGGAAAUAGAGGAACUACUCAGGGGAGUUCAACAGCGGCUCCUCCAGGCUCCCUUCCAGGUCACAGAUGCUGCUGUUCUCAACAAUGUAGCGCAUACAUUUGGCCUAAUGGACACUGUCAAGAAGGUUUUGGACAACAGAAGGAACCAAGUAGAGCAGGGAGAAGAGCAGUUUCUCUAUACUCUGACAGACUUGGAACGUCAGUUGGAAGAGCAAAAAAAGCAAGCCCAGGAUCAUAGGCUGAAAUCCCAGACAGUUCAAAAUGUGGUACUGAUGCCUGUGAGCACUCCUAAACCUCCAAAAAGGCCCCGGCUCCAGCGGCCGGCCUCCACCACUGUCCUGAGCCCUUCUCCUCCUGUUCAGCAGCAGCCUCAGUUCACAGUCAUCUCCCCCAUCACCAUCACCCCAGUGGGUCAGUCCUUUUCCAUGGGCAAUAUUCCCGUGGCCACACUCAGCCAGGGCUCCAGCCCUGUGACUGUCCACACAUUGCCUUCUGGCCCUCAGCUCUUCCGCUACGCCACAGUGGUCUCCUCUGCCAAGAGCAGCUCACCAGACACAGUGACCAUCCACCCUUCAUCUAGCUUGGCACUGCUAAGCUCCACCACCAUGCAGGAUGGCAGUACCCUGGGCAACAUGGCUACCAUGGUGAGCCCUGUGGAGCUGGUGGCCAUGGAGUCUGGUCUGACCUCAGCAAUCCAGGCUGUGGAAAGCACCUCAGAGGACGGGCAGACCAUCAUUGAAAUUGACCCAGCCCCGGACCCUGAGGCUGAAGACACUGAGAGCAAAGCAGUCAUCUUGGAGACAGAGCUGAGGACUGAGGAGAAAGUUGUGGCUGAGAUGGAAGAACAUCAACAUCAAGUCCACAAUGUGGAGAUUGUAGUCUUAGAGGACUAACUGGGAUCUUGGGGCCAGGAGAUAUGUUUUGGUUUGGAAUUUUAAUUGUUUAUUUUUAUCAUUGUCCCACUCAUUUCCACAUAGGAUCCUUUUUUACAAAAACAAAAUCUCAUUGUUAUAACUAAAAAUGUUGGGUUCCUCCCAUCCUCUUAUUGAAAAAUGGACAAAACAAGCUACCCUUCCAGAAGUUGAGAGUUCACUCAAUGUCCUAAUCAUCUUAUUGUAAGAAAGUUAUUUCUUUAGGAGGAGCCAUCAAAGUAACCAGCGAGCUUUCACAGACUAGUCCUAUCUGUGUACACUUGGUCUUAUGUUUGUAAAGAUGCAUUGACCAAACUCUGGAACACAGAUCUGACAUUGGUAGGUAACCCACUGGCAUGCAGGUGCAGAAGUAUACUUUCUUUUGUGUCCUUGAAAGGCUCUGAAACAAAUGGAAGUUGAACUCUGCUUAAAGGGGAAUGUAGCACGCCAGCAGCAGUUUAGAAAGGGAAUUGCUUUGGCGAGGAUGGGGCAAGGCUAUUACCUGUCUUCCAGAGAUGUAACUGAUGUCCCCCCAUCUCUGAGGGUUGCUACCAGGGGUGCCAUAUUGGUGGUAAGUGGAAGAAUACAUCACCACAGAACAGUGGCAGCAGUGGCUUAUGGUUUUGCAGAAGUAGAAAUCAAGGAAUGCCACAGCUAUGCUUUGGGGUUCAAAGUGAUAGCUCACUUUGGCCCCCACUUUGUCAAAGCACUUAGCCUCCUAACCUGGGAUCAGCCCAUUCAUUUGCAAACUAUGUGAUAUGGUGUAAAUUGCUCUGGUUCUUAACCUGUGGCUGUCAUGGGGCUGGGGCUCCAAAGCCAUCGUUUUUAUUGCAUGACUCCAGGAACAGGGGAGUUCCUCACCCAGACCAGCUGCCAUAUUCAGUAGGCCUUGUUUUGUUUUGUUUUGUUUUGUUGGAACCAAAAGUAGCCACUCAUUUGGUGCUUCCUCUUGUUCUCCCCCCACCAUCUCAUCAUGAGAUGGCAUCUGUCUUGUGAGUCCCAUGCUCUUCAGCUUUUUGGCUGAUUAGAGAACAGUGGCAGGUGCCUGCCUGCCUUCAUCCCCUUUUAGACUCAUUUAUACCACAGAUGUUUCUGUGAGAGAUUGAGCUCAUACAGAGCCUUAGGCUUGGCAGGGAAGACUGGUAAACGCCCCCAGCCUUUCCUGAGGCACCGAGCUGGACUCUGGGAAAGAAACACUGUCUGUGACAUUAUAUUAUAGAACAUGCACCAGGAACAUCAAUAAUAAUGUCUUUGGAGGGUAUGUGUUUUGUUUUCCUUUCUUUUUUUUCCUCCAUAAAUGUUUGUAUAUUUGGAGCUGGGCCAUUUUCCAUACUGUGAUUCCUUCUCUUUGACCCUCUCUUCAAUGUUUGGGGCAAGAGUGGACCCUGGUUUUAUUUCUUUGAUUGCAUUGUUUACUGCACUAGGAAAAAUAUAGGGAAACAGCAGACAACUUAAAGGAAAAAUAGGUCAAAAAGGAAAGCACAUACCUUAGGAAUGGGAGGCUUUUUUUUUCUAUUAAAAGCAAAAAUUUGACCUGUA